GUGUAACAUUUCCGUUUUUAUGCGUCACCAAAUUCGUCAUUUGCUUAUCAGAAAAAAAAAAAGCAUUACUAAGUUCUUAAUUUUAAUUCAAUAUGGAUUCUUUUGUCAAUAACUUCAAGAAAUCGACGUCGAUACGGGAAUAUCAAAGCAUAUUCGAUGACUUUGUCGGAUUUGAUGCUGCAAAAGGAUUUUCUUUACCAACGUUUGAUGUUCCGUCAUGUCCUAAUCCCACUGAGUUUUUGAAAGCUCAUACAGAUGAAAAUUCAACCGCUGAAUAUCAAAUUAAACUUGAACAUGGUACCACGACACUUUCGUUUAAAUUCCAAGGGGGCAUCAUAGUUGCUGUUGAUUCACGUGCUUCUGCUGGAAGUUUCAUUGCUACACAAACUGUCAAGAAGGUUAUCGAAAUCAACCCCUAUCUUUUAGGAACAAUGGCCGGUGGUGCUGCUGAUUGUAUAUUCUGGCAGAGAGAGCUCGGAAGACGUUGCAGAUUAUAUGAAUUGAGAAAUAAAGAACGAAUUUCCGUAGCAGCAGCUUCAAAGUUAUUGGCAAACAUGGUUUAUGCAUAUAAAGGAAUGGGACUUUCAAUGGGAACUAUGGUCGCCGGUUGGGACAAAACUGGACCAAGUAUUUUCUAUAUAGAUUCAGAUGGGACACGUUUGAAAGGAGAUUUAUUCUCAGUUGGUUCUGGAUCUCCAUUUGCUUAUGGAGUUGUAGAUAGUGGAUUUGAUUAUGAUUUAUCUGUUCAAGAAGCUAUUGAACUUGGACGACGUUCAAUUUACCAUGCCGCCCAUAGAGAUUCUGCAUCUGGUGGUUCCAUUAAUGUAUAUCAUGUAAAACAAGAUGGAUGGGAAUUUAUAGGAAAUUAUGAUGUUGGUGAUUUACAUUGGGAAUAUCAAGAUCAACCUAAACCAAAUCUUAUUGGAGAUGUACAGCCAAUGUUUAAUAUACAAUCAUAAUCAAUAUUCAGAAUUUAUUAAUUAUACAGUUAAGAAUCAUUAUCAGUUAGAAUAACAAUAAUGUUAUUUUAAAUUUUUUUUAUUACUUUAUUUUCAAUAUUCUUUUAAAUAAAAGAAAAUAUACUGUAUAAUAUAUUUUAGAAGUAAACUUUAUUGGUAA